AUGGCAUUCCCAUUUAUGCGAGCAUUCGUCACACUCUUUCUCUAUCGCUAUACCCGACUCGUGUUCAACUUGUUCUCCUUUUGGACAUUCAAGCCAAUCCCACCACCGGAGAACCCUAAACUGACAUCGCAAGAUGUGACAGUGAUUAUUCCAUCAUUGGAUGGGUGCGGCGAUGAGCUGGUGGAGACAAUCCGGACCAUUCUCGACAAUCAACCCUUCGAAUUGCUCCUGGUAACAAUCGAGGCCAAUCGUAGCAAGGCCGAGCAGAUGCUGAGCGCCAUGCCAGCAUCAAAAUCUCGAAUCCGUUUGUUCACAGUCAAGCAUCCCAACAAGCGCCGUCAAAUGACCAGAGCCAUUCCCGAGGUCCGAACUGCCAUUACCCUUCUCGCCGAUGACGACGUGAGCUGGCCGUGCACUCUCCUCCCCUGGAUUCUGGCCCCGUUCGAAAAGGACGAGAAAUACGGCGGGGUGGUCACCUGUCAGCGAUUGCGCCGGGCGAUUGCGCCGAGCCUCUCACAGCGAGUCUGGGGCUUCUUGGGUGCUUUGUACCUGGAACGACGCAACUUCGACUGCGGCGCGACCACCAAUGUGGAUGGCGGACUUCCCUGCAUGUCGGGACGGACGGUUGCGUAUCGGACAAGAAUUCUACAGAAUGAGGCCUUCACCUAUGCCUUCACCAAUGAGGAGUGGUGGUUCGGGAAGUACCAACUCAACGCUGACGACGAUAACUUUAUCACCCGUUGGAUGGUCUCGCACGGAUGGGAAACUUAUAUGCAGUACCACCCAGAGGCAGAGGUACUGACUACUCUCGAGGACAACCCUCGUUUCCUUUUGCAAUGCGCCCGCUGGUCAAGAAGUAAUUGGCGGAGCAACCUGACUUCGAUGUUUCACGAGAAGCACAUCUGGUAUCGUCAGCCCUGGAGCGCUUACGCCGUUCACCUGACCACCUUGUCGCCGCCUGCCUUUUUAGGCGACAUUCUACUUGUUUGGCUGUGCCACAAGGCGACUGGAUCAUGGGGAGAAUCAUUGCACGAUCAAUCCAUGACUAUGCUCUACCUUUGGAUCUUCACUAGCAAGUGGAUUAAGCUGUUGGGUCAUUAUCUUCGCUAUCCGGUCGAUGUGCUGUUGGUACCAGUAUCGGUCCUCUUUGGUUAUUUCCACGGCGCAAUCAAGAUGUAUGCCGUAAUGACAUUGAAUGUGAUCGCCCAGCUAUCUGCCUUUCUGAUUUGGACCUUUUGCAUGCUUUUUACAUACAUAUGUACAUUCAAGAGCUGGACUGACUUUGAGUUUUUCUUUUUGUUCCAGACAACAUGGGGUAGCCGUGAUGGCGCUGAUGAUUACGAUGCUGAGCGUAUGAAGAAGCGGACGGAUGCCGAUCGAAUGAAGCAACCGUACCAACCGUACUACCCGCAAUAUCUCAUCAAAUGA